CACAUUGUAGAGUAUCCAUCUGUAUCUCACUCAAGAAGAAGUGUUUCUCUGACAUCCAUCGAAGAUGAAAGAAGGAACAGCCACCUGUGUCGAAAUCAUCCUGGCCAUCAUCCUCCCUCCUCUCGGUGUUUUCCUUCGCUUCGGCUGUCAGGUGGAGUUCUGGAUCUGCUUGUUGCUCACUUUUUUUGGAUAUCUGCCUGGAAUUCUCUAUGCAGUUUAUGCUAUUACAAAAUGAAAUUCCACCAAUGCCCCUUGAUUCCAGGUAGGAGAAAGAGGGUUUCGCAGUAUUUUCUUCAGUUGGUUGAGAAACUCAGAGUUGUUUGAGGGACUACCAUUUCGUUUUAUGCUUUUUAGUUCUUAUUUAGAUGUCCUAGACUGUUUCUUUGUAAUUGUUUGGAUCAGCUUUUAGUAUUAAUGCUUGUGAGACUUUAGUUAAAUCCUUUUUCUUAUUUAUACUAUUCUGGUUAAAUUCAGUA